AUGAUGAUGAUGAUUCGCAUGAUGAUGAUGAUGAUUCGGAUGAUGAUUCAGAUGAUGAUUCGGAUGAUGAUUCGGAUGAUAAUGAUGAUGAUGAUGAUGAUGUUUGAUGAUUCGGAAGACGAUUCGGAUGAUGAUUUGGAUGAUGAUGAUGAUGAUGAUGAUGAUGAUGAUGAUGAUGAUGAUGAUGAUGGUGAUGAUGUUAUGAUGAUUCGGAUGAAGAUGAUGAUGAUGAUGAAUCGGAUAUAUGAUAAUGGUGAUGAUGAUUAUGAUUCGGAUAUUGAUGAUGAUGAUGAUGAUGAUGAUGAUGAUGAUGAUGAUGAGGAUGAUGAUGAUUCGGAUGAUGAUGAUUCGGAUGAUGAUGAUGAUUCGUUGAUGAUGAUGAUUGUGAUGAUGAUGUUUCGGAUGAUGAUGAUGAUGAUGAUGAUCUCGGAUGAUGAUGAUGAUGAUGAUGAUGAUGAUGAUGAUGAUGAUGAUGAUGAUGAUGAAUCUGAUGAUGAUGAUGAUGAUGAUGAUGAUGAUGAUGAUGAUGAUGAUGAUGAUGAUGAUCAUGAUGAUGAUGAUGAUGAUGAUGAUGAUGAUGAUGAUGAUGAUGAUGAUGAUGAUGAGACAUGA